AUGUCUGCCUUUGUCACCACUAUGCCACCUGCCUUCUUCGAGACAUCUGACGAACGCGUUGAGCAUUUCGUACAAUUUCGACCUAAUCUAGCCCAUUUCACAGGCGACGCUACGCUCACGCCGUCCACCUCGAGCACGAACUUCAGCGCUCCCGGUCGCGAACCUCUGAGGAGAGCACCAACUCCAGGUUUAUUAUCUCGGACCGCUUCUACGUCAUCUAUCACCACGACGUAUUCCACUCCGCGCAGUGACUUCGUGACAUUCAGCGGUUGGCGAGACCAGUAUGACGAAGACGAGCAUAUCGAGCCUCAGGAGACGCAGCGCUUUCCCACGAGCUACCUUCGGCACCGCUGUUCUACUCCUACCGAGGAGACUCGCGACCAGCGGAACUACGUCUGGUACACUCAAGCACACGAAGACAUUGGCAAGGCUGAUAUGAUGGAUCAAGACGUACAGGUGAAGAUUGAGGAAGUCGACGGAACUCUUGAAGCCGGUGAGGAGGCGACCUUCUGGCAAGUUUCGGGACCGGGGUUCGUCUGGGGUCGGAAUUCCGAUGAGACACAACAGAUACGUGACCAUCCAAUGGACGAGGAGUAG